ACGUUGUCUGUUUAAGGGUUAAAUGCCCACAUGGACUAGUGUGUAUCACUCUAGCGCCCCCUGUAGUGUAGAAAGCCAGUUUGUCUAAGUUCAGCGGCCACCGCGCCCAGCAGGACAGUGCGGCGCAACAACGUCACUUCCGCCUGUUUGUUAGGUUCGAGGAACGAGGACGCUUCCGUGCGUUUCAGCUGGUUAUUUACUUCGGAUGGACCCGGUAAAGUAAUAAAAACAAGAAUUUCGAGUACCUCAAAGAGUCGCACGAAGCAGCGAGCAGUUCUGAACGUAAACAAAAGUUUAACGGCCCUGUUUUUGAUCCUCGAGUAAAAACGAAGUAAAUAAGUUGAGGGCUGUGGGGCAUAAACCACGAGUGAAAACAAGCAGGACCAUAUGAAACUUCCGCCAGAAAAUGGCUACGCCGGCUGUCGUUUCCACGGAUGGAGCGAGCUCCAGUAUUCCUGGAAAUCGAAAGAUGGCUUCCUCAGAGCUUCUCAGCAUCUCUGGUGCAUCCCAGACGAACAAAAAGACCAUGGGACACAGAGGAAUUGACCCCACUGGGGAAACCACAUAUAAAAAGACCACAUCAUCUGCUCUGAAAGGUGCCAUUCAGCUGGGCAUCACACACAGUGUGGGAAGCUUGAGCCAGAAGCCGGAGAGAGACGUGCUCAUGCAGGACUUUGAAGUGGUAGAAAGCAUCUUCUUUCCCAGUCAAGGCAGCAACUCAACUCCAGGUCAUCACCAUGGUGACUUCAAGUUCAAAACGUAUGCUCCCAUUGCAUUCCGCUACUUCAGAGAGAUGUUUGGGAUCCGACCUGAUGACUACCUGUACUCUCUUUGUAAUGAACCCCUUAUUGAGCUGUCUAAUCCUGGAGCGAGCGGGUCUCUCUUCUACGUGUCUAGUGAUGAUGAGUUUAUAAUUAAGACGGUACAACACAAAGAGGCGGAAUUCUUGCAAACACUCCUGCCAGGUUACUUCAUGAACCUGAACCAGAACAUGCGUACGCUGCUUCCUAAGUUCUACGGCCUCUACUGCGUUCAGGCCGAGGGGAAGAACAUCCGAAUUGUAGUGAUGAACAACCUGCUGCCACGCGCUGUACCCAUGCACCUUAAAUUCGACAUGAAGGGCUCGACAUAUAAGCGACGUUCUUCACCGAAAGAGAGGGCCAAGGAUUUGCCUACGUACAAAGACCUAGACUUCAUGCAGGACAUGCCUGAGGGCAUAUUGCUGGAGAGUGACCACUACAAUGCCCUAUGCAGGACUAUUCAGAGAGACUGUCGGGUACUACAAAGUUUUAAAAUCAUGGACUACAGUCUGUUGAUGGGUAUCCACAACUUGGACCGGGCUGGUGAAGAGGCAUCUACUGCAGUGCCCGAUACCCAGAAAAAGGCACAAGGGCAGAAGCCCCUUUACUGUACUGCCAUUGAGUCUAUUCAAGGGGAAUCCAAGGGCAAGACUUCACCACAGCCCUAUGAAAGCAUGGGAGGAAUUCCAGCAUUUAAUUCAAAAGGAGAAAAAUUGCUGGUUUUCAUCGGCAUCAUUGACAUCCUCCAGUCUUACAGGCUUGUGAAGAAGUUGGAGCACUCAUGGAAAGCUCUGCUGCAUGAUGGGGACACUGUAUCUGUGCACCGGCCGAGUUUCUAUGCAGAUCGUUUCCAGAAGUUUAUGUGCAAUAUGGUCUUCAAAAAACCUACUUUGAAAACGUCUCCCUCAAAGAAAAGUCGAGGAGGAACCGUGUCUGGUGGGAAGAAGUCAAACAUUUCAGUAUCUGGACUAUUACAACAACAGUCCCUUCCUGUAGCAGCAGAACAAACACAGCCACAACAGACUACAGCGCAGCUGUGCAGCCAUGGAGCUGUGUCCCUCAGCCCAGACACUCAAGGAGACAGCGGUGUGCAGACUGCUCGUCCUGACCUUCUCCCACAGCAACUGAAUGAAGAUGAGAUCACAAGUAGCUCAGCUGAUACGACCCUGUCAGCAACCUCUCCUGUAAGCUUUCAGCCCUCAAACACUCCAGCUCUGAGUCGUAGCAGUAUAGCUGCCCAGUCAUCAGGGGAAAGCUUGGAUUUGGAACCCAUUUCACUCAGCGAGAUUGUUCCUCAGACAAGCACGUCAGAAUGAAAGACUUUGGAUAAACAGGACAAAACAAAGCCCUCAAGGACAAUGAUUUACUCUCUUUUAAGGACAUCAGAAAAGAAAGAAAAACAUAAGUAAGAUGGACUUGCUGUAAACACCUAUGGAAGUGGAAACCAGAGAAUCUGGAGAACAAAAGAGAGUAGUGCACAUGUUCAUAAAACUGUAAAGAUAAAGAUAUUCUCCCCCUUUUUUAUAUAUAUAUUUCUUUGGAUGUCGACAGCACAGCAUCCAAUACUGCUGCUAUGAAAUGGAACCAAAAGAAGAUGCCACUGUUAUACCUCAACAGUGUGAUAUUACUGUUCUCAAACAGUGCCAUAUUUGCAGGAACUUCCAGAGUCUGAUAAUGUUCACAGCAGAAGUCAAGUGAUGAACUUCAUGUGACCUGCUCUUGGAGAGCAAACAGGUCUUUUGAGUACCUCUGUGAGCGUUUUCUAGUGGACUUCAUUUGACCAUGCAUCUUUUUUCUCUUAGUUUGCCAAGGAGACGAAUCUACAGGGGUCAUGUUAUUUACUUUGCUAAGGGAUGAAAGGAAAUCUGGUUGAUUGUGAAUUUUUAUUGCCUAUUUUUAAGCCAUUUUAGGAAUAUGGCAAGAUUAUCAAAACAAAAACAAAAAAAUGUAGGAAUAGUCGAGCCAGAUCAGGUUGCCUGAACAAUCACAUAAGAAGACACUUUUCAAAUCUGUAAAAUGUAUUCGACUUGGUUUUAUGAAUCGGUUCGAUUGCAGUACUGUGAUAUUGUAUUGGAUAUUUAAAUGUGCCUUAAUCACAAGAGUUAUUUUGCCUUGUCAUGAACAGGAAGCCUUUUACCAUGCAUGAUGACUGUGAGUUAACUGUGCACAAUUGCAUGGUCAUCUCAAGUGUGGAGAAAAAAAAAUCAGUCAGUUGAUGUGACUAUUAUCAUAUACUAAUUUUUAAAAAAAUAUUUGGAGCUUGCCAAGAAAAUGUUUUUCCUAGUUUUAUUUGCUUUACAUUGUUUGCGAGAGAGAGA